AGAGAGAGAGAGGCGGAGCCUGGUGACCGAGGAGGAGGAGAAAGCUCACGGUCCGCUUGUCCUCGCCGCUCCUUUUUUUUCCCCUUCAAUUGUACAAAGGAGUCAGGAGCUACCGGAGGUCCGGGGGCCGUGGACUAAAUUUCCCCCGGGAGCUGGACAACAACUAUCCCAGAGGAUGCUCUUCUUCCUGCUACCUGUCGUGGCUCUCUUGCUGAGCAGGGAAACGGCGGUGUCCGCUAACAAUAACGACAAAUGGCUGAGCACCGUGGCUCAGUACGACAAGGAAAGAUCCUGGAACAGAUUCAGAGAUGAGGUGGAGGAUGACUACUUCAAGAGCUGGGCUCCUGCCAAGCCUGCAGACCAAGAGAGAGAAGCCAAGCCCAGCAGACAUGAAGAACCUGGAACUAAAGCCCACUCUGGCUCAGCCAAGAACACAGUACAGGAUGGUCCAGAUGUCACCAAGGACCCCUGUCUGAAGGUGCGCUGCCCUCCUCACAAGGUGUGUGUCAGCCAUGACUACCAGACAGCCAUCUGCACCAAUCACAAGCAACCAACCCACAGCGUGAAGCCCAGGAAAGGCAGCUCAGGCCACAAACAGAGGCUCGAAGCUGGUGCUCAUGGGAAAUGUAGGCCGUGCUCGGUGCUCCAGUCCAGCCCUGUGUGUGGAUCUGAUGGCCACACUUAUUCCUCCAAGUGUAAGAUGGAGUUCCAGGGCUGUUUGUCUGGAAAGGUGAUCUCAGUGAAGUGUGAAGGACUGUGUCCCUGUUUGCCGGGUCGAGAACCCAGCAAACCUCCACACAAGACUGACAAGACUGCUUGCAGUGACACAGAGCUCCACAGCUUGGCCUCCAGGCUGAAGGACUGGUUUGGAGUUCUGCACCUCGACGCCAACAGAGACCUAAAAUCCUCUGACAGCUUUGACUCCACCACUGGACGCUUUGACACCAGCAUCUUGCCCAUCUGCAAAGACUCACUGGGCUGGAUGUUCAACAAGCUGGACAUGAACUUUGACCUCUUGCUGGACCAAUCAGAGCUGAGCGCCAUCUACCUGGACAAGUAUGAGCUGUGCAUGAAGCCCCUCUUCAACUCCUGUGACUCCUUCAAAGACGGCAAACUGUCCAACAACGAGUGGUGCUACUGCUUCCAGAAGCCCGAGGGAUUGCCUUGCCAAAACGAGAAGAGCAGGAUUCAGAUUCAGAGCCGACGGAAGAGCCUCAUAGGCUCCUAUAUCCCUCGCUGCACUGAUGACGGCUACUUCAAGCCAACUCAGUGCCACGGCAGCAUUGGGCAGUGUUGGUGUGUGGACAAAUACGGCAACGAGAUCGCCGGCUCCAGAAAACAGGGCAACCCCAACUGUGAUGAGGAGCAGGAGACCUCGGGGGAUUUUGGCAGCGGCGGCGCAGUCAUUCUCCUUGACGACCAGGAGGAGGAGCCAUCACAGACUGGGCAGACCCGGCAGAAGAAGAGGCGGGGCCGGAUCCACCCUCGAGGAGCCAUCGAAGACGAUGAGGACGAGGAGGAUGACAAAGAUGAUGAGAUUGGCUACGUUUGGUAGCUCCGCUCCAUUUACUCUGCCAUCAGCCGACCAGGAAACACCGUUAACUCAGCACAGAUCUGAAGCCAUUCCAGUGUCUCCUCCAGCCACCAUCUUUUGGCUCCUGAACUUGCUCUUGUAAUCCCCCUGUCCCUUACCAAAAUCUCUCUUUUUCAUGCCCCUUUUCUGACCUCUUCUUCAUCAAAUGUUUUUCCUCUUCCCUCAGACAGAAAACAGAGAGCCUAUUAGAUUUCAACAGAGACUCCCCUUUAGAAUUCUGCUCAAGCUGUCCACUUCCUGCUUCCAUCUACCCCAAACCUACAAUCUUUAACCGCCUCUAACAUGGAUUUUCUGCUCUAUUUUCUCUAUAUUCACUCUCUCUCUCUCUCUCUCUCUCUCUCUCUCUCUCUCUCUCUCUCUCUCUCUCUCCCUCUCUCUCUCUCCUCUCUCUCUAUCUCUGUGUGUCCAUGUCAGAACCUCUGGUCAGUUUGCGGGGCCAGAGAUGUUAGCUGAAGUGUCGAAUGUAAAUAUGUUUCCAACAGGACGGACAGAUUCUGGGCUUGGUUCCCUGUCCUUCCAUCAAACAUUAAUUCUCAUGUUCUGUGUUCCCCUGCUGGACCCCCCCCCUCCCAAUGUUUCUGCAGUGGCCACCACACCCUCCAAGGCUCUGAGAAGCUCCGUCUGUAAUUUCUUGGAGAAUUGUAAAUUAUUUAAUCGUUGAUCUUGAAUGUCCCAGAAAGCCCAGGAAGCAAUGAGAUUAAUGAUGUAUUGUCGUUGUUGUUGCAUGUUCCUCAUCGUGUUUCUGUGAAAGAGAGGUUUACCUGGCCAGGUCUAGCUCUAUGCAUCUCAAACAGAACGUGAUGCCCAUUUGGCUGCUACAAUACUUUGUUGCUAUGUUGAUGCCGUCUAGUGUCUCUUUGGUUCUUCUCCCAAUCUCAGGAGGUAGAAAGUACAUGUUGCCGCUUCACAGAAGGAUAGCAGUGUAGAAAAGCAAACUACCAGGCCUACAACUCUGCAGUGUCUCAGGCAGCCAGCCAUUCUUUCACUAAUUGGCCAGUGAGGCUGUUGAGGCUGUUUGACUGUGCAUGGACACUCGAAGAACGAGAAGAAGAAUCUGCUCCUGAGCUGGGAGGACACAUGAAGCUGGGGAGCAGAGAAGAGGCUGUGUUCUGCCUCCCAACAUUGGAUAUGUUCAGUGAUUUAAAAUUGAAACUGUCACCAUGUCAACAAGUGAACUUUUAUUUGUAACUUUGAAAAUUUAAGUAAAGUGGCACUUUGGGUGUCUUUGGAACCUUCCAA